AUGGUUUUGACUGCGGCACUGACUGUAUUGCUGCUCCUGGCUGCCGUGGAGCUGUUCCGAACCGGCCGCGACCCGACACUAGACAGUGAAGCUUUUGGUCCAGCCGGUGCUGCCACCUGCGAAGACAGCGGUACCUUGUCCUGCACGGCUGCUCACCAGCUCUGGGCAGCUGGGGGUCGGAGGCAGCGGCUGCUGAAGCGGGCUGGCUGCGGCUGGUGGCUUCUGCUCCUCCUGUCGCUGUCCGGGAACAUUGAGCACAACCCGGGACCCGCUCUCCGCCUCUACAGCCAGAAUGUCAACAGCCUCAAGGGGAAGCUGGGCACUCUGCGAACGCACGCGGGAGAGCUGGCGGAGUUCGACGCCCUCUGCUUUGUAGAGACAAAGAUGGCUCCCAGCCUGCCGACUGACUCUGAGCUGCAGCUGGGACUGGAAGGCUUCACCUGGUUCAGGCGCGACCGGACAGCGAACGGUGGUGGGGUGGCCUGCGCAGUUAAGGCCUCGCUGUCGCCCGUCCACAGACCCGAUCUCGAGACGGACUGCGAGUCUCUGGUCGUCCAGCUCGGCUCCGGUCGAGCGGCCUACCUGGCAAUCUGUUAUCGGCCCCCAAGCCAGAAUGAGGCAACGCAGAAAAUCGCCGACCUCCUGCGGGGGCUACACGCUACUGGACACCCGUUUCUACUGACUGGCGACCUGAACCUGCCGGAGCUUACCUGGGAAGACGGAGAGCCGACCUACCGCAGCCGCACCGCCCGCGCCGAGCUGUUCAUCGACGCGCUCACUACAUGCGAGGCGGAGCAAUCGGUGACGGCUCCGACGCGUGGCGGCAAUUUUCUGGACCUUGUGGUGACUCGUGGUGGCGCGGCCCACUCCCGGGUCCGUGACAAGAUCUUCGACGCUGACCACGAGGCGGUAGAAACUCGGUUCACAGUGGACCUGGGUGUCCCGCCCCGGGUGACCAGGACCAAAGUGUACAACUACAAGCGUGCGGAGUUUGCUGCUCUGCGGCAGUCGCUGAGACUGCUUCCGUGGAGUGUGCUCGACCAGCUGCUGCUGCUGUCGGCCGUGACGCUGACGCUGAAGCUGACCGAGGCGCUGGCCCACUUCAUCUCUCCGUACGUGGCCGAUCUGGUGGCGCACGUCAGCCGGCUGUCGGCCGCGCACGGCACCGACGGCGCCGGCGUGCUGUCACACCGGCUCAGCCAGACACGACGGCGGCUGGCCACCGGCGUGCCACUGCGGGUGCUGCUGCCGGCCGUGGACCAGUGCUUCGGCAGACUGGUGGCCGACGGCGCGGCGGACGCGCUGGCCGCUCUGAUGCCUGUGCUGUCGGAUGCGGCGCGCUCGGCCGAUGUGGCGGAGCUGAGCGCCGCCCUGCCGUCGCUACAGGCGCUCAUUGUCCGGGCGCUCGAGUUCCGCGCGGCCGGCGGCGCACGCCCGGCCACCGCGCGCCGCGUGGAGGCCGCCGUGCUGGAGGCCGUGACGUGUGUGGUACCGCGGCUCUCGGAGGCCACCUUUGGACCGCUGCUGGUGCGCCUGCUCGACUGGGCGAGCGGCGCUGGCGCCCCCACCGCGCGGCUCGUCACUUUCUUCAGGCUGACGGACGCACUGGCCGGCCGGCUGCAGGGUCUCUUCGUGCUGUUCGCCGGACACCUGGUGCGGCCGCUGGCAGCCGCGCUCAGCGGCGCCUCCAGUCUCUCGGAGCGACCGCUACUGCCAGGUGACGAGGAGGGCUCCUGUGAACUGGCCGAGUACGCCCUGGACACGCUCACCAAGGUGUGCCAGCACGACACAGAGGGCUUCCUCAACAGCGAGCGUUUCCACGUGCUGCUACAGCCUCUGGUCGACCAGCUGGAGAACGAGCAGGGCGCCGAGGAGCGCCGCCAGCGGCGUGUGCACGGUCACUUGGUGCCCUGUCUGGUGGCGUUCCUGGCCGCCGCCGGCGACGACUCACUCUGGAAGCCGGCCAACCACCAGCUGCUGCUGAAGACGCGCCACCAGUCGCCGCAGGUGCGGCUGGACGCCGUGGCCUCGCUCUCGGCCGUGCACGCCCGACUCGGCGACGACUACCUGGCGCUGCUGCCCGAGACGAUGCCGUUCCUGGCCGAGCUGCUGGAGGACGACGAGCCGCGCGUCGAGGCCGCCACCCAGGCGCUCAUCGGCCAGAUGGAGGCCACUCUGGGCGAGUCACUGCAGCAGUACUUCUGAGCCAGCCGGACCGCGGCCCGCGCGCGCAGUGCUCGACGCCGUGGUGGUGUGUCGGAAAUGUUUUGCCCGUCGGUGACUGAUGGUAAAUGAAGCGGCAGCGGGCCCUC